AACGCGUUUUACUAUUCAUCGUAAUCGUGGUCCAUGGCGGAGAAAUACAAGAAUUUCAAAGUGAAAGAGCUGCAAGAGCUUUUGCAGAAUAACGGUAUUCCUCACACGGGCAAGAAGGAGGAAUUGAUUGAACGUCUUGUGAAGCACGAUCAACGUAAAGCUUUUGAGUUGGAAUCACUUGAAGAAGAGUUUGGCAAUCUAGAAGACUUUGAUCCGUCCAAACUGAAUCUUGAUGAAUUCACCCAGGAUGAUCCCGAGUUCCGAUCAUUGACAAAUGAAGUAAAGCCGACAACAACGUCGAGUCAAUCGAAUAAAACUGCUGCGCAACCCAAGGAAGAACCUGCCAAUUCCACACCGACAACAGAAACUACUACAACACUCACCAGCGAAAAGCCAGCAGCAGCAGCAGCAGCAGCAUCGCCGACAGCGAAAGCUGCGGCCACCAAUGGCGAGACGCCCGAAAAGAAACAAAGUGACGAGUCUAAUCCGGUAACAAAAGAAGGCUCAAAUUUCAAGUUCACUCCAAUCACAUUUGACGCUCCAGCAAAGAAAGAGUCCGCAUCCCCCGUCAAGAUGACCAGUCCACAGCCAUCCAGUCCGAGCGGCAAAACAGAAGUGGAGAAACGUUUGGAACGUGCAAAGCGAUUUGGCGUUGAAUUAAGUGACAAGGCAAAGGCAGAAUUACGAGCACAACGAUUUGGAUUGCCAACCAAGUCGACUGCCCCCGCUAAAGGUGCAAACAAAGGCCUGGAUCCGGAAGUGUUGAAAAAACGAGCAGAACGAUUUGGUAUUCCCGCCAAGGGCAAUAAAGAAGCUAAAUCGUCACCAACAUUGGAUGCAGCUGAAGAAGAAAAGAAACGAAAGAGAGCUGAACGUUUUGGCAUGACUCCAGAUGCAAAGAAGGCCAAAAAAUAAAAGCCAAACAAAAACGACAAAAAAAGGAAGAAAAAGUCAAUGCCCAUCCGGCCGGCCAUAAUGUAAUUUCAGGUAGCCCCUUCUUAUACAAUGUGUUCAAUUUCACUGCAUACAAGAACGGCAAUAUACGAUGGUUUUUUUUUCUCUCGCUUUGAUGAGUUUUCUUUCUGUUUACAAUUUAGAAUUAACUCGAUAUUUUCAUUGAGAUGAAGGAAAAAAGAAAAGAAUAAAAAGGUGGGCCAUUCAAGGCUAAACUUAUUG